CCGUGUUCGCAUUUCCGCUUUUUGAGGUCCGUAGCGCUCCAGCGCCGGCCCCAUGCAUGGAUGGCGCGCGCGCGAUCGAUGGCCAGCACGCCUGGCUCGGGCGCGAGGGCUGAACCGCUGCAAAAACGCCGCCGCGCGCGCCGAACGCAGCCCUCGCGUUCUUGCGAUGCGCGCGAUAUCGGGUGCCCGCGCGGCCGCGGCCGCGGGCGCCGCGGUCGGCGGGGCCCCGG